AUGCUGUUUACAAUCCUCCUUUUUCUUCCCAUUCUUGGGUGCGCCGCGGAGAGGCUCUUUUUUCACCGUUCAGGUGACUGUUGGGAUGGUGCCGACACUAUCAGCUGCCGCGAUAUCCCCGCGUCCGUUUGCUGUCAGGCCUCGGAUCCUUGGUGCGGUGUUGUCCACUGCGAGGGCUGUCCCAAAGGCUCCACUGUCGCUGGCUACUUCCAGAACUCGUGCCAGACCAAGGCCAACGGCCGGUGUGAAAUCACACAUCCGUUCAGUCAGGAGGGAUUACUCGGAUGCUGUGUGGACCUUGGCCCCUACGACACUUGCGCUGGCCAGUGGUACCCAUCCUCCAGCAUGGACGUGGCCACUACCUCGGAGAGGAAAUGCGUUCAGCCCAACGUUAUGACAUACGUUGACCAUGAUCAUGGUGUCAAGAGGGAGAUCCAUAUUCCCCAGGGAGAGCUGAAGAGAGCUACGCAGCUUUUGUUGGCAAGAGACUUUGGAGGCCUGCGAGCGUUUGAAAAUUGGGCUCACCAGAGUUCUGACGAGUAG